AUGCCUUCCUCUCUCGUCACUUCUAUCCUCUGGACGGACCCUGAUGAACCCCUGUUGGCCAAGGUCAUCGGUGCUGAACCCUCAGCUACCACUUACCUCCUAGGCUGUACCCCGGAGCCCGACGGCCGUGAAUGCAGCAUGUACCACGCGGCCGUGACCUUGGGUCCAUGGGCCAGUGAGACACCGUCGCCGGGUGUCGCUAGGACGGGUAAUUUCGACUUUUACAUCUCUGACUCGAUUGAUCCCUGGAAGUUCUCGAUGCACUGCGAGAUGACUGGGACUGUUCCUCAAAAAUGCACUACAAUCAACAUCGGGGGCAACGAUGACGGCCACCCAACGGCGACUUUUGGAUCAAAAGAGAUGGAAGAGGAAGGCCUUGGCGAAUUCGGCUACGCGACCUUGACAAUCACAGGAGGCCUCGAGUUGCUUGCCGCGACGCAUUCUGGUUCCCACGAGACUGCGACUGCUUCAACCGAGGACAGCGCGCACGGCACGUCCACGCCUGAAGCCACCUCUGUAGCCUCUUCUUGCAAAGCUCGAGUGAUUACGGCUAUUUCUAUGGCUGGCGUUGCCAUGGCGGUGGUGAUUUCAUGA